AUGAAGCGGAAUAUCCAGUGUUUAUUCAAAUCGUUUAAUUACAAUCAGAAUAUUACGACUACCUUAUCGAAAAGAUUCCUAAGUUCACAAGACGCAAUAGACCGUAGACACCAUUUGUUCAUGCUAGAAAAAAAACGGCAAAUAGAAAAUGUGGGAAGAAUAGAAAAGAUAGAAAUAAAUUAUAAAGGGAUACCUAAAGACUGCACUUUGAUUAUGAACAAAGAUAUAUCAACACCAUAUGACUGUGCUAAACAUCUGAGUGAGUGGCAUGCUGAUACCAGUGCCUUAGCUCUUCUUGAUGGAACUGUGUAUUGGGAUAUGCACAAGCCUCUUACUGACAGCUGCAGUUUAGAAUUGCAAAACUUUAAUGUGCCUGAGCCGCAGCAAGUUAACAAAGCUUUCUGGCGAAGUUGUUCACUAGUUCUUGGUGCAUGUGUGACGGCAGCAUUCAAAGAUAAUGUACCUGUUAAAUUGCACAGCUUUCCUGGGCCUGACAUCCGCAGUGGUUCAUUCAUCUAUGAUGUAGACUUACCAUCGCUCCCUGACUGGAAACCGACUCAACAAGAGCUUCAUACUUUGAGUGCGGAAUAUGUAAUGCUGAGCAGAAAGGGUUUCCCAAUAGAGAGAUUAGAUGUUUCGGAACAAUUGGCUAUGGAAAUGUUUGUAGACAAUGAACAUAAAAGCAGUCAAAUACCUAGUAUUGCUAGGGCUAAUGGAAAAGUAACAUUAUACAAAGUAGAUAAACAUGUGGAUAUAUCAAAAGGGCCAUUGAUAAGCAAUACUGCACAAAUUGGAAAACUUGCAAUUUGUUCCGUACAUAAGAUUACAGGUACUUCAGAGAGUGAUGUAAAGCAACUCUAUAGGUUUCAAGGUGUUGCUUUACCAACUGGAGUGGUCCUCAAUCACUUUGCAUUCUCAAUACUCACAGAACGAGCUAAAAAAUUGAAUUCGGCUCGUUCACCAAUCAAUCCAUUUGUAGAUACACGGGAACCACAGCAAAGUAUAGCAGCAAGUGCUUAA